GUUUGUUGUUUGAGGAGUCAUAACGGUCUGAGUGCUCGCAGGCAGCUUGUUCUUUCAGUCCAUUUUGUAACUUUAUCCCUUCAAGAUGAACAGAGUUAUUCUGCAGCUUUUUGCACUCGGAUUCUGCUUUGCAGUCGGUCAAACUCUGCAAUGCUACAAGUGUAACAUCGGCAUCUGGAACAUGUGCCUUACCACUAAAAUGACGUGUGGUAGUGGAGAACAGUGCUUCAGUGGUAUCGGGAAAGCAGCCAGCUUCGUGGAUAUCUCGAUGAAGGGCUGUCUAGCAGUGGCCGAGUGCAACCAGACCAAAGAGGUGAACUUCCCCAGCAGUACCUCCAACUCUACCGUCUACACCAUGACCAAAACGUGCUGCUCCACCGACCUGUGUAAUGCUGCGCCUGGUCUGCCCGCGACAUCUGGUCUGAACCUGGCCCUGGCCACAUUCACUGCUCUGUUUGUGGCCAUUAACCUGGUUUGACAGGAGAUAGAUGACGGAUGACAUAAAGUGCAUACACAUGAAACACACAUAGGUCUUGUGUUAUACUGUCCUUGAGGUGUAUUGCACUCUUUGGCUUUGUGAGAACAGUAAAAAUGUAAUCCCCUCUUUUCAUUUUGUAUUAUUAGAUUAAAAAGUGCCCCAGUCCUUAUUUCUCUAUCAGAAAUAUUAAAAUGUUAGUUUACACACAAAGUGUAAAGGUUUCUAGUGUGCAACACUGACAUAAAAGAUGAUUUAAGAAGUCCACCACAUGUCACUGUGUCACUAAACUGUUAAUUUGUGGCUUGACAGCUUAAAAGAAUACUCCAGCAUUUUAGGAAAUACACUCUUUCCCCACAGUAGAAUUAGAAGAUCAGUACCUCUCUCAUUAUGUCUGUUAAAUACUUAAUAGCUUAGCCUAGCCUAGCAUAUAAAGACUGGAAACGGAGAAUCUACUAGCCUGGCUCAGGCUGAACAUAAUAUGCCUACCAGCGCCGCUAAAGUUCACUAAUUACAAUGUUAGAUCUCGUUCGUUUAAUCCGUACAAAUUAAUUAGUUAGCUUGAAAGGUGUUAUUGUAUUCUUUUACCAAUGGACAGAGCCAGGCUAGCAGUUUCCCAGUUUCUAUUCUUAAUGCUAACCAUGGACAUGGUGGUACUGUUCUUCUCAUCUAACUAUGUAAGAAGUGGAAUAAGUAUAUUUCUCAAAUUGCUGAACUAUUCCUUUAAUUUAUUGCUUUUGACCCACUGUAUUGACAUUUUAGAGUCAUAAUAUUCAAAUUCCACCAUGUAGAUUUCAAAGCUUCUAUGAACAUUUCAUUUAUUGCCAUUUAUUUUGUGUUUAUUAAUGUGUGGCUAACAUGUAAAUUGUCUCUUGGCUUCUGUCUGGUGCUGUCUGUGAAAAUAUUUCUUUCUAUUUUGCUGGUUUUUCCCAAUUCCUAUUUUUGAUAUUUGUCUCAAAUCCACACUGCACAACAUUGUGAGGUAAAAGCUUUUGUUUAUCUUGCUAGUUUUUAUUGUGUGUAUAUAUCUAUAUAUAUAUCUGGCGAAAAACAAGGUCAAAUUGCUCAGUAGAUUUUGAAUUAGAAUGAAGAUAGCAGCAAUUUGUCAGGGCUGAUCCGAACAUAUCCUCUAUUCAACACAAAUCAGUAAAGAUCAUCAAAACAUUCCUGAAACCAACACUUUUGGCAUUUUUUUUUUCCAAAAAUCAAAUGUGUUUGGUUAUGUAGACAGGUUAUGUUGAAAAAUGAAAUAAAUUUUCAAACUUGGAAAAAAACAACAA